AUGGCUCUCGAUUAUUUGGAAAUAAUUCUGCUUUCAAUAAUCCUCUUGGCGACCACUACAUACUUUCGAAAACGGAAAGCCUCGCCUGCAGACACAAAAUUCCUCGCAAAUGGCCACACAAGUGUCGGCGGUGGCGAAGAAGGCAAGACAAGGAACAUCAAAGACACGCUGGACCAGUCUGGUAAGAAUUGCAUCAUAUUCUAUGGAUCACAGACUGGCACUGCCGAGGACUACGCCUCAAAGUUGGCUAAGGAGGGCAAGAGCAGGUUCGGGCUCGAAACGAUGAUUGCCGAUCUGGACGAGUACGACUUCGACACCCUGGAUACCAUUCCUGAGAACAACAUCGUCAUGUUCGUUCUCGCCAGUUAUGGAGAAGGGGAACCAACCGAUAAUGCCGUCCGGUUCUACGAUUUUAUUACUGGGGACGAUGUUGCCUUCUCUGAAAGCAAAACCCCGCCGUUACAAAACAUUGCGUACGUUGCAUUUGGCCUCGGAAACAACACCUACGAGCACUAUAAUGCCGUGGUUCGCAACGUAGACAAAGCCCUGGAGAGGUUGGGCGCGUCUAGAAUCGGCGAAGCAGGCGAGGGCGAUGAUGGUGCUGGGACGACCGAGGAGGAUUUCCUCGCCUGGAAGGAACCUAUGUGGUCAGCUCUAACCAUGAAGAUGGGUCUCACCGAGCGCGAGGUUGUUUUCGAGUCAUUGUUCAAAAUCAGGGAGCGGACAGAGCUCACGCCUCAGUCUUCCGAGGUUUAUCUUGGAGAACUGACUAAAUCACAACUGGAAAAUACUGCUCAAGGCCCCUUUGAUGUGCACAACCCAUUCGUUGCUCCAAUAGCAGCAUCUCGAGAGCUAUUUUGUGUCGAAGACCGAAACUGCUUGCAUAUCGAAGUUGACCUUGACAAAUCUGGCCUCACCUACCAGACGGGCGACCACAUUGCAAUCUGGCCCAUGAACCCCAGUGGAGAGGUUGAUCGAUGUCUCGAUAUUCUCGGUCUCACGGAAAAGAGGAAUACUGUCAUUGGUGUUGAUUCCUUAGACCCAACCACCAGAGUGUUCUUCCCAACUCCAACGACAUACGACACUAUCGUCCGCUAUCACCUUGGGAUUUGCGGCCCUGUCUCUCGUCAAUUUGUUUCGAACCUUGCUGUCUUCUCUCCCGACGAGAGAACCAAAGCUGAGAUGAAAAAGCUGAGCAGUGAUAAAGAAUACUUUCACAAGCAGACGGACGGCCACUUUUAUACCAUCUCGAAAUUGCUAGACAUGGUUAGCAAUGGCGAGAAAUGGACCAACAUACCUUUCUCUGCAUGGAUUGAGGGUCUGACGAAACUACAACCUCGGUACUACUCUAUCUCAUCAUCAUCUCUGGUCCAGCCCACGGUGGCUUCCAUUACCACCGUUGUCGAAAAGAAAGCAAUUGAUUGCCAAGAGAACACGUUUUAUGGGGUUGCCACCAACUAUUUACUCUCCCUCAACCAAAGACAGAAUUCAACUCCUAGUGCGGAAGCUUUGGGCCCAACAUACCAGAUAACAGGACCGAGGAAUAAAUACGAGGGAAUUCGUGUGCCUGUCCACAUACGUCACUCUAAUUUUAAGCUGCCCUCGGAUCCGUCAAGCCCAAUCAUAAUGGUAGGCCCUGGAACUGGCGUUGCACCAUUCCGUGCUUUCUUGCAGGAAAGGGCCAAGCAAGCCGAAGAAGGUGUGCAAGUUGGCAAGGCGAUUUUAUUUUUUGGGUGCAGGAGAUCAACCGAAGAUUUUAUCUACCAGCCGGACUUUGAGUCAUACGCAAAACGUCUUGGCGACAGAUUUGAGCUUGUCACAGCCUUCUCGCGAGAAAGUCUGGAGAAAUUCUAUGUCCAGGACCGCCUCAAGGAGCGAGGAGUCAAACUCAACGCUCUCCUCCAGCAGGGAGCCUACUUUUAUGUUUGUGGCGAUGCUGCAAAUAUGGCCAAACAAGUCCAUGAUGUUCUUGUACAGCUCAUUGAGGAUCACCGCGGUCUAUCGAGAGAAGGCGCAGAAGAGAUUGUAAAGAACAUGAGAUCUUCAAGUCAAUACCAGGAGGAUGUCUGGUCCUGA